CGCUGCCCGCGCUGUCUUCCGGGUAGUGCGAGCCUCCGGGCUGGGGUUCCGGACGCUGGGGCGCCCGCGCCGGCUGGCCGGCUUCCCUUCUUUCCUCGCUUUUGGGUCGUGGUUACCCAUCGCUCUUUGCGGGCUUGGCCCGGGGCCUCCUUCGCUUUCUGUGCCUCUCGCGGCGGUUCCAUUGGUUCCCAAUGCCGGGCCUUGGGCCCUGGGCAGUGUGAUUCUGCCCGAGUGUAGACCGGGACACACGCAAGAGGCCGGCUAGGGCUGAGUCGCUUCUACCCUCCCGCUCUCUCUCAGGUUACCCCAAAGUAACGUUUCCCGGAAGCAGCAGCCCUUUCUGAGGGGAUGGGCGCAGCCAGGCCAAAUGGACGAGAAGACCAAGAAAGCAGAGGAGAUGGCCCUGAGUCUUGCCCGGGCAGUGGCUGGUGGAGAUGAACAGGCUGCUAUCAAGUAUGCCACCUGGCUGGCAGAGCAGAGGGUGCCCCUCAGGGUGCAAGUAAAACCUGAGGUCUCCCCAACACAGGACAUCAGGCUUUGUGUUAGUGUGGAGGACGCUUACAUGCACACCGUCACCAUUUGGCUCACAGUACGCCCGGAUAUGACAGUGGCCUCCCUUAAGGACAUGGUAUUCCUGGACUAUGGCUUCCCACCCAGCCUGCAGCAGUGGGUGGUCGGACAGAGGCUGGCACGAGACCAGGAGACCUUGCAUUCACACGGCGUUCGGCGGAAUGGAGACAGUGCUUAUCUGUACCUACUGUCAGCCCGCAACACAUCACUCAACCCACAAGAGCUGCAGCGGCAGCGGCAGCUGCGCAUGUUGGAAGAUUUGGGCUUCAAGGACCUCACCCUGCAGCCACGGGGCCCCUUGGAGCCUGUCCUUCCCAAGCCCAGGACCCACCAGGAGCCAGGGCAGCCAGAUGCAGCACCAGAGUCACCACCGGUGGGCUGGCAGUGCCCUGGCUGCACUUUCAUCAACAAACCCACUCGGCCUGGCUGUGAGAUGUGCUGUCGUGCAAGGCCUGAGACCUACCAGAUACCUGCCUCAUACCAGCCUGACGAGGAAGAGCGAGCACGCCUGGCUGGUGAGGAGGAGGCGCUGCGCCAGUACCAGCAGCGGAAACAGCAGCAGCAGGAGGGGAACUACCUGCAGCACGUGCAGCUGGAGCAGAGGAGCCUGGUGCUGAACACCGAACCUGCUGAGUGCCCUGUGUGCUACUCAGUGCUGGCACCCGGCGAGGCCGUGGUGCUUCGUGAGUGUCUGCACACCUUCUGCAGGGAGUGCCUGCAGGGCACCAUCCGAAACAGCCAGGAGGCGGAGGUAUCCUGCCCCUUCAUUGACAGCACUUACUCAUGCCCUGGCAAGCUACUGGAGAGGGAGAUCCGGGCGCUCCUGUCCCCUGAGGACUACCAGCGUUUCCUGGACCUGGGUGUGUCCAUCGCAGAGAACCGAAGCACCUUGAGCUACCACUGCAAGACUCCUGACUGCAGGGGCUGGUGCUUCUUUGAGGAUGAUGUCAACGAGUUCACCUGCCCUGUGUGCACCCGUGUCAACUGUCUGCUCUGCAAGGCCAUCCAUGAGGGCAUGAAUUGCAGGGAGUACCAGGAUGACUUGACCCUACGGGCUCAGAAUGACGUGGCUGCCCGGCAGACAACAGAGAUGCUGAGGGUGAUGCUGCAGCAAGGCGAGGCCAUGCACUGCCCACAGUGCCGGAUUGUGGUGCAGAAGAAGGAUGGCUGUGACUGGAUCCGCUGUACUGUCUGCCACACUGAGAUCUGCUGGGUCACCAAGGGGCCACGCUGGGGCCCUGGGGGCCCAGGGGACACCAGUGGUGGCUGCCGCUGCCGGGUUAAUGGAAUUCCAUGCCACCCUAGCUGUCAAAACUGCCACUAAGUCGAAGGUGGUGGCUCUCAUACUGACCCAGCCCCACAUGUGUAACAGUGAACAGCAGGGUUAGGCCAGGGGCUUUAGCUCUGGUUUGACCAUUAUACCUUUAAGCUUGGCAAGGGAGAAAGCACGAGCUGUACUGCAGUCUGAUUGCUGUGUUACAAGAACCCAGCUGAGCUGAUGUCAGUUGCACUGCCUCUGUUGCUUCAAGGGGUUGCUGACCAAACCUCAUGGGCCUGAGCUAGAUACCCUACCCUGACUAGCCACCAGCCUUAAUUAAACACAGCCGUGGCCUAAGGCCUGGCUGGCUAGUGCUCUGAGCCUCUGAGUGACGGUUUUACCUCAGCUUGCUCUCUGAAGACCCACAGCCUCAUCCUUUGCCUUGCUGACUUUCUAGGAACUUCUUAAAGCUGAUGUGAAUCCAUCCAGGACCCAGGGAGAUUGGUAGGUCAGGAAACAGCCCAUGGGGUCCAGCUCUGCAUCCCCCUCUUUAAGUGAAUUAAAGUGAUUUUCCAGGA